AUGAAUCAUAUGAUGGCUGGACGACACUGGUGGAGGCCUUUCAUAUUUUAUGCAGCGUUCACCGUGGUUGUAGGAGUGGUGACUCUGAUGCAGGCCGCUAUAGCCAUGGAAAUCAAAAUAGCUGCCAAGUGGAUGAUUCUUGGACGGCGACAGGAAGGAUUUUAUCCAUGGGACCGAAGCAGUUACUGCCAGCGCUGGCAGAUUCUACUCACUAUCGAGAGAAUUUUCACCGGGUAUUCUGGGCGUAUGAAUGCGAUGGUUUUACUGACUGGGACAGCAUAUAUGGUUCAUUACUACCGAGCACUUGGGGACAAAAUAGGUGCUGACUUCGCAUUAGCAGCCAGCGGUGAGGCAGAUCUACUUAUGACGGAGCCUGACCUGGUGACUUUAGGAAACCGAGUUACUAUUGACCAUGCCAGUUUGGUGGGCCAUCUAAACACCAGGGGAGAUUUUGAGCUUCACCCGUUGCAAGUAGGAAGCCGGAGCGUUCUCAAAACCAAGUCAAGGCUGUUGUCGGGGGCAUCAGUGGGGGUUGAUGCGUGCUUGCUGGAACAUACAUUGGUUCUGUCUGGAGACCAUAUAGAUGAUGGCUGUACGGUUCAGGGCUGGCCCGCCGAACCCUUCAUGGAGUCGCGAGCAGGGCAUUCCUUUCAUCUGCCAUAA